GAGUAGAGAAGCCGCGGUGUCAGCGUCACGACCAUUCCCACGUUUGCCGUUUGAAGAUGUCGCUCGCUGGUUGCGGCAAGGUGCCGCUGCGCUUCCUCUUGAGGGCUGGUUCGGGCUGGAACUCGCUCCGUUUCUGCCGGUCCAAUAGCGGCUCCAAGGGCCUGGUCCUUGGUGUAUAUGAGGGAGGGAAAGUGGAUGAAUCUGUUCAGUUCACAAAAGCAGCAGAAGCUUUUGACUUUUCUAUAUCUGGAAAACUUGAGGAACUUUUGACCAUAUCUGGUCCUGCACUUAAAAAAGGAAGAAGCCGGGUAUUUUAUGGACUGCAUCAGGAUUUUCCCCAUAUUGUAGUUGUUGGUCUUGGUGACAAAAAUGCUGGAGUUAAUAGUUUGGAGCAAUGUGAUGAAGGCAAAGAAAAUAUUCGAGCUGCUAUAGCAGUUGGAUGUAGGCAGUUACAAGAUCUAGAGGUUACUCAUGUGGAAGUUGAUCCAUGUGGAGAUGCCCAGUGUGCAGCAGAAGGAUCUGUUUUGGGUUUAUUUGAAUAUAAUGAGCUAAAGAAGAAAAAGAAAACAGCGGUCACUGUCAAACCAUAUGGAAGUUUGGAAAAUGAAGCAUGGCAAAGAGGAGUACUAUAUGCAGAAGGGCAAAAUUUGGCUCGGCAUUUGAUGGAAGCACCAGCUAAUUACAUAACUCCAUCUAGCUUUGCAGAGAUCAUUCAAGAAACGCUGUAUUCUACAAGUGAUAACAUUAAAGUGCACAUAAGAUCCAAAUCCUGGAUUGAGGAGCAACAGAUGGGAGCUUUCCUUAGCGUAGCCAAAGGUUCAGAUGAAGAGCCAGUAUUUUUAGAGAUUCACUAUAAUGGUUCUGCAGUCCCCAGUGAAUCACCAUUAGUUUUUGUCGGAAAAGGUAUUACAUUUGACAGUGGUGGAAUUUCAAUUAAGCCUGCAUCGGGUAUGGAUGCAAUGAGAGCAGACAUGGGAGGAGCUGCAACAAUCUGUUCUGCCAUAAUGACUAUAGCAUCUUUGAAACUUCCCCUUAAUAUUAUAGGUGUGACUCCAUUGUGUGAGAACAUGGUGAAUGGCAGGGCAAAUAAACCGGGUGAUGUGGUGAGAGCAAAGAAUGGGAAAACUAUACAGGUGGAUAACACUGAUGCUGAGGGUCGUUUGAUACUGGCUGAUGCCCUUUGCUAUGCACAUGAAUUCCAACCCAAAGCUCUUGUAAAUGCUGCAACUUUAACAGGGGCUAUGGAUGUUGCCUUGGGGUCAGCAGCGACUGGAGUUUUUACCAACUCUGACUGGUUGUGGGAACACCUUAAACAAGCUAGUAUUGUGACUGGAGAUCGUGUGUGGAGGAUGCCACUUUUUCAACAUUACACCAGACAAGUCACAGAAUCACAACUAGCAGACCUGAAUAACAUUGGCAAAUACAGCAGGUCUGGUGGAGCAUGUACAGCUGCAGCUUUCCUUCGAGAAUUUGUAACGGUACCUCACUGGGCUCAUCUUGACAUUGCUGGUGUAAUGUCAAACAAAGAUGAAGUUCCUUAUCUACGCAAGGGAAUGGCAGGAAGACCAACACGAACAUUAGUGGAAUUUGCAGUCUCCCUGAGCCAAGAAGAUCAGAAAUCAUAAACUGCAUAUUUAUUGAAUAUUUCACAUGUUUUCCUUCUUCAUUUUUAGAACAAUGGCAAAAUAUACCAGUCACAUUAUUUGUGUCUGUGAAUUAGUUUAACUUUACAUUUACUCCUCACCUUUGAGCUAGAAUUUGAUAGUUAAUUUUUAGAGGAGAUUUUUUAAAAUUAACUUUUAUAAUCAUGAAGAUAAUUGCAGGGGUGGUUUCUACCCGUAUUACAAAUGAUUUUAUUUCCUGAACUAUGACCUAUCAUGCUACAGAGGAAUGUUUGUAGCAGCACCAAAAUUGCAAUGUGCCCUAUCUUUCUUGUUCAGUUACAGUAAUAACCUAUCAGGUUUUGAAAAAUACUGAAUGUAAUUGAGAAAUGUCCAGUUGAAAGGAAAAGUCAAUACUUGCCUUGUGCUUUUAUUGUUUCUUUGACCUUUUAUAAUAAGCAAAGUUGAGCCCAUACGUCAAAUAAAUGAAAAUAAACUGUACAUAAUCCUUAUUGAUCAUCCAAUCAUUGCUAAACACAUUCAAUAUAGGCAAAGUGAAUGUUGAAUAAUUAAACAGUAUAAAGAAGGAAGGUGUGAAAAAUUCCAAAGCUGUGACAAUAGGACAUGAGGAAUAACUUUAAGUAGCAUACUGAGAAACAAUGGUAGAGACUUCUGGAUGGAUGAACUAAAAUCAUGCAAGUGUCUUCAUAUGAUUUUGGAAAACUGAGACAAUAUUCUUUAUGCAUGAUAAAAAGUGCUCUGCAAGUGCCACUGAAAGCUGUCCAGCCUAAAGCAGCACUUGAAUAUUUUAAGGUCUCUAACUAAUUUCUUGUUUCAAAGUAGUGGUCCUGAACCUUCACUCUCUCUUACUCCACAUAAAGAAGAAACAUUUUACUCCUUUGCAGACCGUCGGAUGUUCAAACAAUUUGCUUGCAUGCAUCUUGAUCUGAAUAACAUUCAGCCUUGGAGUUCUAAGUGGUAAGAAGCAUUCAGAUAACAAACUGCAAGGUGAUGAUUAUCACAAGCAAUAGAGAAUCGUUACAUUUUCUCCCUUUACAUUCAAUGGCACUAUCAUCUCCAAAUCCCUCACAUCAUCAUCUUGAGAUCAUUGUUGACCAGGAACUUAACAGGAGCAGGUUCAAGACUGGGCCUUCUGCAUUGAGUGGCUGUUCCUCACUGGCUGAAGUUAUUCUCUCUUCUAGAAGGCACAAUUCAGGAAAUACAGUACUGUGCAAAAGCCUUAGACUCCCUAGCUAUAUCUAAGUACCUCACUUUGCACAGUAUUGUAAUAAUUUCUGUAUUGUGCUAUACUGCUGCAAAAAAAUCAAAUUUCAUGACAUAGGAGCAAUGAUAAACCUGAUUCUUUUAGGGAUCUCUAUUGUGGAUGGAGAGUGGGAAGGAGCCAGUGAAGGGGAAUCAUGGUUUGGAAAAGGGGAGGGAGUGGAAAGAACCAGAGAGACAUUCUGUAAUGAUCAAUAAACCAAUUGUUUGGAAU